AUGUGGAGGUUCGUCCUGGUCGCCGAAGUGCUGCUGGUUGUCAUCGUCUGUGAGUCCUCAAGAGUGGAACCUUACUGGAUACCGUCCUAUGGUUCUCGAGCGUCUACUCGCUGGAGGUCCGAACCUCCGUGGGACAAGAACAGCCGUUUCCUGCAGCUGUUCAACGUGGUCCGGUUUCCAAACUUCCUGUGCACGGGCAGCUGGGGUCAGGACGGCACCUGCUACGGCUACCAGGAAUGCAUCGACAGGGGAGGAACUGCCUACGGCCCCUGCGCCUACGGCUUUGGAGUCUGCUGCUCGUUGAGUGCCAGUUGCGGGUCCAUCGUCUCCUUGAACGGCACCUACUUCACAAGUCCCGGGUUUCACGCAUCGGCGUCCGGCUCGAUGAUGAUGAUGACGCCUGCGCAGUCCAGCUGCGCGGUGCAAGUGGUCAAACACGGCAGCCGCGUGUGUCAGAUUCGCCUGGACUUUGAGGAAUUCGACCUGGAGCGACCCACGGUGGGCAACUGCGACAACGAGCGCCUCCUGGUGACGGGGCACAACGCCAACAGCGUGGUUCCCGAUCUGUGUGGCCUCAAUACGGGACAGCACGUCUACUUGGACGUCGACAUGUCUCCUGGACCAGUGACCAUUUUUGUGGAGACCAACGGCCAAAGAAACAGCCGCUGGAACAUCAGAAUAUCUCAAAUCAAGUGUGAUAGCCCAACAAGAGCGCCCCCAAACUGCCUACAGUACUACACUGGUCCGUCGGGCAACUUCACGAGCUUCAACUACCUCGAGUCCCGACUGACUCCCCCCCGCAUGGGCUACUUCAAUAACCUCGACUACAGCAUCUGCUUUCGCAAGGAGGCCGGCUAUUGCUCGCAGACGUACACCGUGCCAGGAGACGACGUGCCCUACGUCAUUCAGAACGUGGACGCCAACAGCGCCCCCACCGUCGCCGAAACCGAAGCGGGUGUUGGAAUGGUGGAGUGUCCCAUGGACUAUGUUCUGUUGGGCGGCGUUCGCUACUGCGGCACCAGGCUAAAUCCGGACGCCGGCGCGACUAACCCCAGUGUGAACGCUCCUGUUGUAGACACGUCCUCGGGCCCGUUCCUGGUUAGAUUCGUCUCCGACGGGGCUCUCAAUGCCCGUGGCUUCCUCUUGAACUACAAACAGAACAGGUGCUGA